AUGGCUACGUCACCACUUAUCGCCACUUCACUACCGCAGACUCAGUUAGCUACCACCGCCACCGCCGGUAAAUCCCGCCUUCCACCGCCAGAGAAACUUGCAGUUUUGAUCGACAAAUCGAAAUCAGUUGAUGAAUUGCUCCAAAUCCAUGCAACUAUUCUCCGUCAUAGCCUCCUGCUCCAUCCUCGUUACCCGGUUCUAAACCUCAAGCUCCACCGUGCAUACGCUUCUCACGGUAAAAUUCGCCACGCGUUGGAUUUAUUUCACCAUACGAUCGAUCCAGACUUGUUCAUCUUCACCGCGGCAAUCAAUACUGCCUCCAUUAAUGGCCUCCAUGACGAAGCUUUCCUGCUUUAUAUUCAGUUGCUUUCUUCUGAAAUUGUCCCCAAUGAGUUUACUUUCUCGUCGAUUUUGAAAUCUUGCUCAACUGAUUCCGUAAAAGCGAUCCAUAGCCAUGUUCUUAAAUUCGGAUUGGGGCUUGAUCCGUACGUGGCGACUGGUCUCGUCGACGUUUAUGCAAAAGGAGGAUAUGUAAUAUCUGCUCAGAAAGUGUUCGAUAGAAUGUCUGAGAGAAGUCUUGUUUCUUCCACGGCUAUGAUCACUUGCUACGCAAAGCAGGGGAACGUUGAUGCUGCGAGAGCAUUGUUCGAUAGAAUGUGUGAGAGAGACAUUGUUUCUUGGAACGUGAUGAUUGAUGGAUACGCUCAACAUGGAUUCCCCAGUGACGCUCUGAUGCUUUUUCAGAAACUGUUGGCGGGAGGAACACCGAAACCUGAUGAAAUUACCGUUGUAGCUACUCUCUCCGCUUGUUCACAAAUUGGAGCGCUUGAAACUGGGCGUUGGAUCCAUGUUUUUAUCAAGAAGAAUCGUAUUAGGCUCAAUGUUAAAGUUUGUACGGCUCUGAUUGAUAUGUAUAGCAAAUGUGGGAGCUUGGAAGAGGCAAGUUUAGUGUUUAAUGAUACUCCGAGGAAGGAUAUCGUGGCGUGGAAUGCGAUGAUUGCUGGUUACGCAUUGCACGGCUAUAGCCAAGACGCAUUGAAAUUGUUUGAUGAGAUGCAGGGUAUUACAGGGUUGCAGCCAACUGAUGUUACUUUCAUUGGAACACUUCAGGCUUGUGCUCAUGGUGGAUUAGUAAACGAAGGGGUGAGAAUCUUUGAGUCAAUGGAACAAGAGUAUGGGAUUAAACCCAAGAUCGAGCAUUAUGGAUGCUUGGUUAGUCUACUUGGUCGUGUUGGUCAGCUAAACCGAGCUUACGAGAUUGUUAAAAACAUGAAAAUUGAGGCUGAUUCUGUCUUGUGGAGUUCUGUUCUCGGAAGCUGUAAACUUCAUGGAGAUUUUGUGAUAGGCAAGGAAAUUGCAGAGUAUCUCAUUGGACAAAGCAUUAACAAUUCAGGAAUAUAUGUUCUUCUUUCAAACAUAUAUGCAUCAGCGGGAGAUUAUGAAGGUGUUGCAAAAGUGAGAAACUUAAUGAAAGAGAAAGGGAUCAUGAAGGAGCCCGGUGUAAGCACAAUAGAAAUCGAUAACAAAGUUCAUGAAUUCCGAGCCGGAGAUAGAGAACACUUGGAAAGCAAGGAAAUCUACACAAUGCUAAGAAAGAUGAGCGAGCGGAUCAAGUCUCAUGGUUACGUUCCAAAUAUAAACACGGUCUUGCAGGAUCUUGGAGAAACAGAGAAAGAGCAAUCUCUACAAGUUCAUAGCGAGAGGCUCGCAAUUGCUUAUGGUCUAAUCAGUACCAAACCGGGAAGUCCCUUAAAGAUAUUCAAGAACCUACGAGUGUGUUCAGAUUGUCAUACAGUAACGAAGCUGAUAUCGAAAAUCACGGGACGGAAAAUCAUCAUGAGAGAUCGGAAUAGGUUCCAUCAUUUCGUGGAUGGUUCCUGUUCUUGUGGUGAUUUCUGGUAAAGAGAACCAAACACUUACACAUUAUAGGGUUGUACAUGAUAAAAGGAGAUCGUAGUGAUCAAAUUUGCUUGGAACAAGUUUUUAUGGUCAUUCCGUCAAACACUUGGAGGGCAUUAUUUGUGGUGUUGAUAAGAGUAAUCAUUUUUCAAAA